AUGUCCAGCAGCACAAUGGCCACUCCUUGCCGGUCGGCGAUGCGACUGCUCUCGGCCAGAUCCAGGUACAUCCUGCAGAACCCUCGUCUCAAGUCGCCUUUGACGCAAACUCGCUACUCGUCAAGAUACAGCAAUCCCGCAGCUCGUGCAACCGGCUCGACCCUCUCGGCCAGAGCUCCCUCUUUCCUCGAUCAGCAACAGGUCGUCGACGUUGAAGAUGCAGAAGCCCGCCCGGUCAAUCCGCUGGACGAACUCGCCGCCCGCCGCGAGUUUGAAGCCAAACGUUCACAUGCCAUGCGGCGUAUGCGAUUCGCCGCUGUCGGUCUGCUCAUGAGUGUUGGUGGUCUUGCCCUUACUAUCUACAAUCUUGAUCUGGAUGAGUUGGAAAAGAGUGCCAACAAGAAGAAGGCUCAACUAGACGCAGGUCCUGGCUCGGAAGAUUUCCAAGGCCGCCACGUACAUGUCAUCGGCGCUGGUGACGACAAGAGAAUUGUAGCUGAAGGUGACCAAGAGCUGGACCUGGUCAAGACGGGCAGUGGCAGCGUGCCCUACUUCCCUCGUAAGAUCUUCCUGCCUAUCCCUGGUUCAAAGACCGCGAGAUCAGAAACUGCCCAACCCAACUCGCGCAUCAACCCUGGAAACGUGCAAAACCAAGAGGAAUACACCUUGGUCGGUCUCGGUAUUCGCACUGUCUCCUUCCUAUCCAUUGAAGUCUAUGUCAUGGGUCUCUACGCCCGUACCCAAGAUGUUUCCACUCUGCAAGCUCGUCUCAUUCACCUGAUCAACCCCAACGCUUCUACCCUUGUGCCCGGCGAGAAAGACAGUCUCAAGCAGCGCAUGCUCGAUCCCGACAUCAGCGUCGAGAUCUGGGAGCAGAUGCUGCGCGAAGAAGGCAUCCGUUCCGCCUGGCGUGUCGUCCCUUCGAAAAACACCGACUUUGCCCAUCUGCGCGAUGGCUGGGUCAAUGGAAUCAAGCGUGCCACUACCGAGAUCAACAGAGUCAAGCAACAGAACCCAGCAAUCGUCACCUCGGAUUACGAGAACGAGUCGUUCGGCGACGCCAUGCGCGACUUCAAGGGCAUGUUCAGUGGUGGCCGUACUCCCAAGGGCUCUGUUGUGCUGAUGUUGAGAGAUGCGCCUGGCUCUAUGGAAGUUCUGUUCGAGGAUCCGGCCAAGGGCACUGGUAUCGAGAGAGUCGGCAAAGUCGAGGAUCCUAGAAUCAGCAGGCUGAUCUGGAUGGGUUAUCUGGCAGGCAAGAAUGUCAGCUCGGAACCUACGCGAAAGGCUGUAGUCGAUGGCUUCGUAGGGUUUGCUGGCCGUCCCGUUGGAUCAGUGGAGACCAUGGUGAUCUAG